GCUUCAGCACUUAUUGAGGGGUAAUGCAAAUUACAAGAACAAAACAACACAUGACGUUCCGUCUUAACGUGAUCUUCGUCUGAAUCCACCGUAGCCAGAACCAACCAACCAACUAACCAAAUCCAUAAAAAAAGAGGGAGAAUUAUUGAAAGGAAAAGGAAGAAGAGAAGGAGAAGAAGAAGAAGAAGAGUGAGAGAUCCAUAAAUAUGGAGAGCACCGACUCAUCCACCGGUUCGCAACAACCGAACCUUCCACCGGGGUUCCGGUUCCACCCCACCGACGAGGAGCUCGUUGUUCACUACCUCAAGAAGAAAGCUGCAUCAGCUCCUCUCCCAGUCGCCAUCAUCGCCGAGGUUGAUCUCUACAAGUUCGAUCCAUGGGAGCUACCAGCUAAGGCAACGUUUGGGGAGCAAGAGUGGUACUUCUUUAGCCCAAGGGACAGGAAGUAUCCGAACGGUGCUCGGCCAAACAGGGCGGCAACUUCCGGGUACUGGAAGGCAACCGGGACGGAUAAGCCGGUGCUGACCUCCGGUGGGACCCAGAAGGUGGGUGUGAAGAAGGCUUUGGUCUUCUAUGGAGGGAAGCCACCGAGAGGGAUAAAGACAAAUUGGAUCAUGCAUGAGUAUAGACUUGCUGAUAACAAACCUAACAAUAGGCCUCCUGGUUGUGACUUGGGUAAUAAGAAAAACUCUCUAAGGCUUGAUGAUUGGGUAUUGUGCCGAAUCUACAAGAAGAACAACACACAUAGGUCUCCAAUGGAACAUGAGAGGGAAGAUUCUAUGGAUGACAUGAUUGGAGGGAUUCCUCCUUCCAUCAACGUGGGGCAAAUGAAUGCAAGAUUUCAUCUCUCAAAAAUGUCAACAAGCUUUAGCAACGGUUUGUUGGAAAACGACCAUCACCAUCACCAGAAUCUUCUGGAAGGUAUGAUGCUAGGAGGAGGAAACAACAACAACAACAAUGUUGUUCCUCCAAACAUGUUGGGGUUGGGAUCAGCCUCAAACACCAUUAACAAUAAUAGUAAUAAGGCAGAGCUUUCAUUUGUACCAACCAUGACUACAUCUUCAAACACCAAGAGGACUCUAUCAUCUCUCUAUUGGAAUGAAGAUGAUGUUGCUGCUUCCAACAAAAGAUUCAAUUUGGAAAGUGGAGAUCAUAACCAUGGAGAGAAUAAUGGUACUAGUGCUAGUUCAUUAUUCAUUUUUCAAUCUAACAAUGUUGCUUGA